AGCAGAGUAGAAGCAGAACCUACAUCCCUCCUGUUUUUCACGAUUGCUUGCUCUGUCCAGUUCAAAGCUUAAUUCCAACGAUGACACAGAAACCCCAUGUAGCUAUUCUUCCCAGUCCAGGCAUGGGUCACCUUAUCCCCCUUACUGAGUUGGCUAAGAAAUUUGCUCUCAACUACGACUUAUCGAGUACCUUUAUUGUUCCCUCAAUAGGGCUACCACCAGAGGCCCAGAAGAAAGUUCUUGGCUCCCUUCCGGAAGGCAUAAAUUAUAUCUCUCUGCCUCCAGUUAGUUUUGAUGACUUGCCAGGAAUUAGGGCUGAAACCCAGAUCUCUCUCACAAUAACUCGCUCGCUUUCAUCAAUCGGUGAUGUGCUGAAGUCAUUAGUUGCCAGCACUAGACUGGUGGCUUUGGUUCUCGAUCUUUUUGGCACGGAUGUCAUUGAUAUUGCCUUGGAACUCAGUGUGCCAUCGUAUAUUGCUUCCCUGUCUACGGGUAUGACUCUAUCCUUGCAUUUUUAUUUGCCAAAGUUGGAUCAAAUGGUUUCCUGCGAGUACAGGGAUUUGCCUGAACCUGUACUACUCCCAGGCUGUGGGAUUUCAGUACACGGGAGGGAUUUACCUGACCCGAUUCAAGACAGGAAGGAUGAUGCAUACAAAUGGUUCCUUCACCAUUCAAAACGACAUAGUUUAGCUGAGGGAAUCUUGUUGAAUAGUUUCGUGGACUUGGAGCCAGAAACUAUAAAGGCUUUGCAAGAUGAAGAAUUUGGUAAUUUACCACCUAUCUACCCGGUUGGUCCCAUCAUUUACUCCGGUUUAAGUAUUGGGGCGAAUGGUCACGAGUGUCUCCAAUGGAUGGAUGAUCAACCAAACGGUUCGGUUCUGUAUAUUUCGUUUGGGAGUGGUGGAACUCUGUCUUUUGAACAGCUAAAUGAAUUGGCCAUGGGCUUGGAAAUCAGUGAGCAGAAAUUUUUAUGGGUCGUAAGAAGCCCGGAUAAAUCUGCUAGUGCCUCCUACUUUAGUGCCAAAAGCAAUACAGACCCUUAUAGUUUCUUGCCAAAAGGUUUCCUGGACCGAACCAAAAGACAAGGUCUGGUGGUGCCAUCUUGGGCACCGCAAAUUCAAGUACUUAGUCAUGGCUCAACAGGUGGAUUCCUAACCCAUUGUGGUUGGAAUUCGACUCUAGAGAGCAUUGUGCAUGGGGUGCCUUUGAUUGCUUGGCCUCUCUAUGCCGAGCAAAAAACAAAUGCAGUCUUGUUAAGCGCGGGCCUUAAGGUGGCAUUGCGGCCAGAAGUGGAUGGAAACGGUCUGGUGGGACGAGAGGAGAUUGCGAAAGUUGUGAAGGGUUUAAUGCAAGGGGAAGAAGGGGCGACAAUUCGCAAUCGAAUGAAGAGCCUGAAGGAAGCUGCGGCCAAGGCAGUGAGUGAGGAGGGCUCCUCCACCAAAUCCCUUCAUGAAUUGGUGUCCAAGUGGAAAAAUUAGUACAUCGCAUAGCAAUUCAAGUUGUUUUAAUGUUUUCUUUGAUGUUUCCAUUGCUCUCUUCUUUCUCCUGAGAAUUGGGGAUCAAAUCCAUGUUGUUGAAAUAAAAGGUGCGGCUCGCAGCUGUGAAAUUAUAGCUCU